GCCCUGAUUUCCCUCAUUUUUGCAGGCACUCCCAUUGGAAGUGAAGAGCCACACGUAACGCUUACAACUGUCGAAAAUGGCAGCGAGAUGCCAAAGGGACCAUCUUCAGACUUCAUGGACGGUGAAGGCCCCCCUACUGGAAGCGAAGGGCCACACGUAUCGGUUACAACUGUCGAAAAUGGCAGCCACUUCGGAAAUGGAAGUCAAGAGCGAAACGCAACGGUUGCAACUGUCGAAAAUGGCAGCCACUUCGGAAAUGGAAGUCAAGAGCGAAACGCAACGGUUGCAACUGUCGAAAAUGGCAGCCACUUCGGAAAUGGAAGUCAAGAGCCAAACGCAACGGUUGCAACUGUCGAAAAUGGCAGCUAUGUUGCAAGUGGAAGUCCAAUGCCAGGCGUGACCGCUACAACUGUCGGAAAUGCUACCGUUGAAUAUCCAUUUACAACGACCGUUGAAGGUCCCCCACCUGAACGAGAUCCUGAUUGUGCUGCAAGUAACAACACAGGCCACGUCUACGAAAGAUGCACAUUUACCUGCCAACUUGAUGAAGUAAUCGUAGCACCAGCCGGUGCUGCUUGCUACUACCCACCGGCUCAGCCAGCACUGGGCAUCGCUCUGGUGGCCGUAGCAACCAAUGGCGAAAGACGCGCCCAAGGUGUCUGUGAAGAUGGAACUUGUAAGCCUAAGAGAAAUGAUGUUCAGAAUUCAGCAGCUACACUAUAAAAUGCAUUAUUUUCCGGUUCUUUCCUGCAUCAAUAAAGUAAUGUCCACAGUGCCUUCUUA